ACUGAAAUUAGAGACAAAUGAUAUAAAUUAGCAGAAUGUAGGAAAACUUGAAAUGACUUUAAACUAUUAUAUUCAGUAAUUCUAAUUCAACGGCACAAGAUAUGACAGUUACGCAGUUUCCAUUUCUAACCUUAAAUUAAACAAAGAACACGGCAGAUUAGGCAGCAAGCACUGGCAGCGAUCGAGGCAAGACGCGAGAUGACACGUACGAGACGAGAGUUUAAUUCGUUGGUUGAGUUUGCCUCAAACACCAACAACAAAAUGAUGAAGUCGUUACUUGUUGCUUUUCUCUUGUUCUUGUCACCAUCACAUAGCGCGCAAUCAGCAUUUCCGAAAAUGAGCAUCACGAAGGAAGAUGGCAGCAGCGUUGGACCAAGCCUAGAAAUGCAGCCGGGACAAGGCAUGAACCUCACCUGCACGAUACAAGGUUAUGGACUCUCGCUUGACUUACUUUGGUAUGAAGAAGGGCAAGUGCUGAGUCAUCAGACUAGCAUUAAACGAAGCGACUACGUGCAGCAGCAACAAUUGGAAGUGACAUACAGCGAUGACUGUGGCCGCAAAUUAACAUGCCUUUAUGGUGAUGAAGAUGGAGUUCAGCACUCCAAGAGCACCUCCAUAAAGUGUCCUGGUAAAGAAAUAAGCGUCACGAUGGCGGAUGGAACGACCGUGCUGAGCUCCAAUGUUGAAGUUAAACUCGGACAGAACCUGAGCCUCGUCUGCAACAUGCCUGAUCAUCAUGACCUCAAGCAAUUAAGCGAGGACGACUGUGACCGCGAAUUGACGUGCAGAAAUGGCGAUAGUGAGCAAUGGAGUAUCACCCUUAACUGUCAAGGCUCUCCGGGCGGACAUACGUCUGCCACCCAGUCAGCUCGAAAAGAAGUCGACCCCUGCCAUUGUACACUGAAGAUGUUGAUAGGAAUCAUCGUCAUUCCCAUAUUAAUUUCUCUCAUCGUGAUCACAGCCAAAUAUUCACGCAAAAUAUACAAACGUGAAUGAAAUAUAGAAGACGAGUGUCACAGAGAGAUUCAUGAAAGAGAGAAAGGCCCUGGAAUGAAUCUGCUACAAGUAACCAGCAAUUCGACUAAAAAGAGGAAAAGUUGGUGAAUAAUUCCCGUUCACCGGAGUGAUUCACCAACUGCGGGAAUGCAGUUGGGGAAUAAGAAGUAUGCACGGCCAAUAUGGUACCCAAAUCGUCGGACUGCUAUAUUGCUUGUAAUGC